AUGAAUAAUUUAACGUGGUUUAUUUUGAUAUUAUCAGCAAUUAAAAUCUUUGCUGAUGACAGUUUAAGUACAGCGGAGACUGUUGUUGUACCUGAAGUGCAUACAUUUAGAAUAGCUAGUUCAAAGUACCGAUCUGACUCAUCGGAAGUGGAUUCUGAAUCAAAUAAUGAUAGUAAUGACGAUAAUGAAGAUGAUAAUAUGAACUGGCAUACUUUGGCUGAAAAUUUGGAUUUUUACAAUACGAAGACACUUGUUAAAAAUUGGAAAGAAAAUGAAUACCCUGUGAAUCCACAAUGUGCUAAGGAUAUUACGCGAUUUGUCAAAGGGCUCAGGAAUCAAGAGCCGUGGGCUCUUAAAGCGGACGAUGCUUCUGGAAGAUUCACCAACGGUUUCUUCUGGGGAAACUCGUACUUCAUUGGAUCAGCUACCGAAUGUACUUACAUCGGUUAUAAUUACACCAAAGCAAAUGAUAAGUUUGCGACAUCGGGGAGUCACUCAUCAGAACCAAAGAAAAAAAACGUUGGAUUUUCUGGAAGUCAAUUAUUUUCAAACUCUCUUCCCGACCAUCCGCCUUAUAAACUUGGAUUUUUUACACUUACUAUUCUAGUAAAUAACACCAUUAUAACCCCAGUCUCUAGAUCUAUUCAACUAGGUGUUUGUCUUCCUUUUUCUUGCACCGCUGAAGACAUUUUUAUAAUCGCUAGAUUAGCGGCUAAUGAAGAUGCUAAGAAACAUUUUGCUAUUGAAAAAGUUCGUGAUCAACACAAUCAAUAUGAUAUUUACUCAGAUAACGUUUUUUGGACUCUUGUAGGAAGUAGUGUGAUUGUGAUUAUACUGAUGAUUAUUGGUACAAUAUUGGAUUAUUACAUCACAUUUACCGCGACAAGACAACAGGAAACUACCAUUUACGAUCUUGAGAAACAUGUUCAGCUGAGACACAGUAUAAAAUUACAUCAGGAAUUAUCAAACGAUGGUUUGGAUUCAGCGACGACCACAUCGACUAAUAGCUGCAGUAGCAACGAUAAUAAUAACAAUAAUGACAUUGAUGAUGAAGAAGAAACUGUGGAGAGAAAAAAUAAAAUGAAGAAUCAUAAUCCGCUAAAUAAUACCCCGUCAUCAGUUUCAUCUGCUAAUGAUGAAGAGUUAAGCGUGAUAAAGGAGCUUUUACUUUCAUUUUCCGUAAGAGAAAACAUGAAAACAAUUUGCGAUUCCUCUGUCGGAAGAGAUACCAUCAGCACUAUUCACGGUUUGAGAGCCAUCUCCAUGGCUUGGGUUAUCUUAGGACACACGUGCAUCGUUAUAUUCAAGUACUCAGAUAAUAUGGAGUACCGUAAAGUUGUUGAAAAAAAUUUUCUCUUUCAAACGAUAACCAGCGGUGCAUUUAGCGUAGACACUUUCUUCUUCAUGGGUGGUUUACUCGUGGCUUAUCUGUUUUUUCGUACCAACGCGAUGGGCGAUCUCAAUAAAUUAACGCAAGGAACCCAUGGAUUCGUUGCUGGGCUAUUGAAGUUUAUUGGUCUAUUGCUCUACCGCUUUAGUCGGCUUACAACACCUUACAUGUUUAUUUUGGGCGUUGUGCAAGUUACCAUGAAGUGGUUUCAUGCUAAUUCUGUAUUUGAGCCACCGACUAAUGACCAUGAAAAUUGUCCUAACUAUUGGUGGAGAAAUUUACUCUAUAUCAAUACGCUUUUUCCUGUUGAUCAAAUGUGUAUGCUAUGGAGUUGGUACGUAGCAGAUGAUACUCAAUUUUACGUAAUUGGAGCAGUAAUCUUAGUAAUUGCAACCAAUCACAUAAAAGUCGCAACUGUAUUUGUCGUUGCGUUACUUGUAAGUUCAUGGCUGACUACGGGAUACAUUGCACUUAUUAAUAACCAUAUGCCAAGUAUAGAUGACCCGUUGGCGCUCUUCGAUAAAAUUUACGACAAACCUUGGACUCGAAUGGGCCCAUAUUUAAUCGGAAUGUCCGUUGGAUACAUUCUUUUCAAGACUGAUUGUAAAAUCAAGAUGUCCAAGGCUACGGUAGUCGUAGGUUGGCUCCUUUCAAUAGCUUGUCUUUUAAGUUUGAUCUACGGCCUGUACGAAGCUGAACUGACACCAGUUACAGCGGCUGCUUAUUCCUCAUUAAGUCACAGUGCUUGGGCGCUCGGCUUAUCUUGGAUCAUUAUCGCCUGUAGUACCGGAUAUGGUGGAUGGGUUAAUGAAAUUUUAUCAGCCCCUAUUCUAUAUCCAUUUAGCAGAGUUACUUACUGCGCGUACUUAGUUCAUCCAAUAAUUAUUCGAGUAUCUGCGAUGCAUUUAGAUUUGCCAUUCCACCUUGGCAAAGAUACAGUUGUGAUAGUAUUUAUCGGACAAUUAAUACUGUCUUAUCUGAUUUCGUUUGUAGUUUCAUUAUGUUUUGAAGCUCCAGUUGUCAGUAUGCUCAAAAUUCUCUCACCCAAGAAAAAGAAAAGAAUUUUCUAA